GAGUCUGAACCAGUCCGCCCAGUGCCUCCUCCCUUCGGCUCACACCCUCCUUCCUCCCACCGCUCCUCGGGAACAUCCAUCGGUCCGUCCGUCCGUCCGUCCAUCCAUCCAUCCCGGCUGCGGGGAGCAGCGCAGCACCGCCGCGUUCGGAUCCACGCGGACCUAAUCCGGAAAGCAGAGAUGGGUUUCCCCCGCUGGAAGCGUUUCUGCUUUUUGCUCCUCGCAGCCUUCACCUCGUCCCUUUUGCUCUACGGACACUACUACGCUACGGUGGAGCUGCGCAGCGGCCCGAGGGUCGCGGCCAGCCUGCUGCAGCCAGAGCUGCUGUUCCUGGUUCACCCAGACGCCUCACAUCCAGACAACAGCCACCAGCAGGACCUCAGAGGGACUGUGAAGAGCUUCUUCUCCCAACCAUCCUCGGAGCCGGAGAAGUCCAAACCCAGUGGAAAGCAGCCCACCCUGUGCUCCCGCUCGGUGGUGGCCACGGCGAAGGCAGACCCCAGAUUUAAGGAGCUCUUCCAAUUUGACGUCCCUGUGCUGAUGUGGGACCAACACUUCAACCCCGAGACGUGGGACAGGCUGAAGGCACGACGUGUCCCAUACGGCUGGCAGGGCUUAUCUCAAGCAGCUGUGGGCAGCACCCUGCAUCUCCUUAACAGCUCCUCCAACACUCAGCUCUUUGACCAUGAGCGCUUCCCCAGGGGCUGCGUCCGCUGCGCCGUGGUGGGCAAUGGGGGAAUCCUCAACGGCUCACGGCAGGGCCGGGCCAUCGAUGCACAUGAUCUGGUCUUCAGGCUCAAUGGGGCCAUCAUCAAAGGAUUUGAGGAGGAUGUUGGGACCAAGGUUUCAUUCUACGGCUUCACGGUGAACACCAUGAAGAACUCCCUCAUUGCCUAUGAGGCGUAUGGCUUCACCCAGACACCGCAGGGCAAGGACCUGAAGUAUAUCUUCAUCCCCUCGGACGCACGCGACUACAUCAUGCUGAGGUCGGCCAUUCAGGGCAGCCCGGUCCCCGAGGGCUUGGACAAGGGUGACGAGCCACAGAAGUAUUUUGGACUGGAGGCAUCCGCGGAGAAGUUCAAGCUGCUGCAUCCCGAUUUCUUGCAUUACCUGACAACCAGGUUCCUGAGGUCAGAGCUCCUGGACAUGCAGUACGGCCACCUCUACAUGCCCAGCACUGGGGCACUCAUGCUGCUGACAGCACUGCACACCUGCGAUCAGGUCAGUGCCUACGGGUUCAUCACGGCCAACUACGAGCAGUUCUCUGACCAUUAUUAUGAGCCAGAGAAGAAGCCGCUGGUGUUCUACGCCAACCACGACAUGCUGCUGGAAGCAGAGCUGUGGAGGAGUUUGCACCAGGCGGGGAUCAUGGAGCUGUAUCAGCGGUGAGGGCAGCUCAGUCCCACUGCAAGGACUCUCAGUGCAGCACGGAAGAAGUUCUCCUCUUUCUUGAAGGCCUCCUCCUGUCCCUGGAGGGCUCUAACAUACUGGCAGGCCAGCCUGAGGAGCAGUGCCUGCAGCUGACAGCAGAGCAAAGGUGGUGGUGCAGGGCGAGCCAAGGCUGGCAGGGAAAUACUGCAACUCCUCAGGGCCCUCCAGCAUUUCAUGACUCUGAGACUGGCGUGGCUUUGGGACACCUCUGCACGUGGCUGUGAGCUCCCGAUGCCUUGAGAAUGUCUGUGGGGCAGCAGCAGCCCUGGGAAGCACAGCAUUCAUCCGCAGGUGGGGACGAAGGGGAUGCUGGAGAAGCAUACAUCUGACAGACCUCACUUCUUGGAAUUUCCUGGAGAGUUACAGCCUUGAAGUCACACUGGAUAGGCUGCAGAACCUGCAGGGCAGAGCUAUCAACAGCGUGGUACUUAAAAGGGAAAAAAGGAAACUCAAAGGGAGGUGGUCUGGAACCCUCCCACCAUCCUGUGUGUUCCAGCACUGCUGCAGUGGAGUGGCAGAGGCUCCUCCAGCUCUCGGUGGUUGGAGGGCUGAUACUGCACAGCAAAGGGAGUGGUGUGAUCUGAUUACUUUGUGUAAUUAGAGGAACAUUGAGUCAUUAUUUUCUUCUAUGCCUUGUUUAGUGAAUGGGGGGGGUUGGACAAAGCAUCCUGCCUCCUGUAAUACAGCAAGGCUUUGAUUUGGGAAUGGCAAAGUGCAGGUUAGGGGUGGGAGUGGGGUUAUAGGGAUGCUGCCCAAGCACAGCUCUGGAAGAACACAGCAGCAGGGUGGUGGCUGCAUCGGCUCGCUGGGCACUUUGAAAGCAGCCUCUUCCCACCUCGAUGCCAUUUGCUGUACGUCAGCUGGAAGGGUGGAGGGGACAAUUGCUUGCAGAUAUGGCAAGAGAUAACCAGGCUGAGAGCCAGGGAACCUCGAGCUCCCCUCCAGCUCCAUCCUCCUUUGUGACACAAAGCUGCACUCAGCUGCUUCGACCUGCUUCAGAUGUAAUCUCUAGUGGAGCCCUGUUUGCCUUCUCAGGUACGCCUCAAAUUAACCUUUGUUCACGUCAAGACACUGCACAAUGGUUCCAUGGCAGCCUGUUACGCCUGUUUUUACAUACAAACACUCAGCAAAACCUCUUCCAUGACAACACGUCUGAUUCUCACAUCACCCAAAAGACAGAGCACCGAAAGCUCCUCAGUCCAAGUGUGAGCACAGCCCAGGUGGCUUUGAACACACCCAGCAGUGGCACUGUGCCACACGUAGCAAAAAAGAGCAGCUUUUAAAAAGGAAUGCUGACACAGUGCAGCAUCCCACCAUGAACCCCAUCCAGCUCCCAGGGAUACAACUGGGAGCAAACCAGAACCUGCUGGACUCGCAUACAGCUUCUCUAUUUUAAAAUGGAAGGGUUUUUCCCUUCUAGCCUGGAGUUAAAGCACUCCCCAGUUUAUUACCUUAGCAACCCAGGAACCUGAUGGUUAUACUGCUGCCUGUCACUGCUCCCUUAUCUUGGAGCAUCUAAGCUGACCACAAGCACUGUAUCUUUCACAGCCCCAGAUCAGCCAUAGUCACAGUUACUGUGAAUUCAUCUCCUCAA